UAUUUGUACUUUUAUUUUUUAGAUUUACAGUUGUCUACGUAUAUUUGUUGCUGACAUGACGUUGCAAUACCCGGUUUAUCCACCGAGCGAUUAAGAGGCACCAUAACCACAAGCAACCAACGAAGAAGAAGCGGUUCAAAGGUUACCUGUAAGCGUCACUCGCGACGCAGUUCGAGAACACGUUUAAGACUUCAUCUCAAACAUAUUCGCACUGUAUCUCUAUUCUGCCCGUGAAGGAAGCCGCUAUGUCGUCCUACACGUGCAUCAGCUGCCGCGUGGCCUUCUCCGACGGCGAGGUGCAGCGCGCCCACUACAAGAGCGACUGGCACCGCUACAACCUGAAGCGCAAGGUUGCCGACAUGCCCCCUGUCAGCGCUGACAACUUCCAGGAGCGCGUCCUGUCGCAGCGCGCCGCCGCCGAGCGCCAGCUGAGUGACACCGUCGAGGCCUGCUCCAUCUGCAACAAAAAGUUCUCCAGCAACAACGCCUUCCAGAACCACCUGCGGUCGCAGCGCCACCAGCAGGCCGAGCGUCGCGCCCAGGAGGCCGCCCGCCAGAAGGUGGACAAACUUAACCAGAAGAACCUGGAGAAAGGGCUCGCGGGCGAAGACAAGGCGGACCGAGACGCCAGGAACGAGGCUCUGCAGCAGGCCCUCAAGGAGGAGCGGAGUGCCCGGCGGCCCGGUACGGGUGGGGAAGAGGCGCCAGCUCGCAGCAAGCCGGAAAAACCUCCGCGACUCAUGUGGCUGGAGGAGCAGGCCAAGCGGAGAGAGAAGGAGGAAGGGCCUGCCAUCGAGGAAGGACCUGCAGAGGAGUGGGAGGACAUGGAUGAAGAUGGGGAUGAUGAGGAAGACCUGGAGGACAUGGAGGAAGAGGAUGAAGAUGAGACCAUCGAGGAUAAGGAAGAAGAUUCAACCACUUCGUCCAACCCGCAGCGGCUAGCUGCCCCCGCCCUCCCCGGUUCCAUCCCCAUCACCGACUGCCUGUUCUGCUCGCAUCAUUCCAAGUCACUGAUGCGCAAUGUCGCCCACAUGACGCACGUUCACAGCUUCUUCAUCCCGGACCUUCAGUACCUGGUGGACCUCAGGGGUCUGGUCCGCUACCUCGGCGAGAAGGUGGGCGCGGGCAACGUGUGCCUGUGGUGCAACGAGAAGGGACGCUCCUUUUACUCCACAGAAGCCGUGCAGAAACACAUGACAGACAAAAGCCACUGCAAGCUCUUCACGGACGGGGACGCCGCGCUGGAGUUCGCCGACUUUUACGACUUCAGGAGCAGCUACCCAGACAGAGGGGAGGGGCGUGACGAUGACAUGGACGACGAGCUUUCCGACGACAAGAACAUCCAUUACGACGACGAGACAAUGGAGCUCACACUUCCAUCAGGCGCCAGGAUCGGCCAUCGUUCCCUCAUGCGCUACUACAAGCAACGCUUUGGAACCGAGAGGACCCUGGCCCUGAGUCACAACAGGAACGCAGUGGGACGGGUGUUGCGCCAAUACAAAGCGCUUGGAUGGGGCGGCGAUUCAGGCCUGAGUGGCAUGCGUCCCGCUCCUCGUGACAUGCAGUACGUGCAGAUGAUGAAGUCCAAGUGGAUGCUGAAGAUGGGCAUGAGUCACAACGCCACCAAGCAGAAACAUUUCCGCCCGCAAGUCAUCUUCUGAGACCUCAGCAUGGAACUCUGUGUUUUCGAAACGCGACAGCUUUCGUGUAAAUCUGUGACCUGAAAAUUACCACAGCGUUACCUUGGGAUACGCGCAACGAGAUAUGGGUCCCCAUUUGGGUGAUUAUUUUUUGGACUCCCGAGUGAAAAUUUGAGAUGGGUUCGCUGUAUGGUGGCAAAGAAAGCUGUUAAUUGCCGCCCCCAGUAUAAGUUUGCUGUCAGAAAAAAAAGCUAACAAAGCGAAAACAACCACAUAGAUUUGUUGCUAGCUUAAUGCUAAUAUAUCAUGGGAAACACCAUCGACUCUCUAACCAAUAGGAUCUACGUGGUGGUGUUUUAACAGUGUAAACAUAUUUUUAAAAUUCAUUUUGAACUUGAAUAAAAUGCUUAAAAAAAACUAUAAUGCACUAACUUGUGAAAAAAAUAUAAGCAAAUCAAAAAAUAGAUAAAAACCCCUUAAAGAUUAGAAAUGGUUAACAUAAACUUUAUAUUGCCCCCAGGUGGCCAAGGCGCACACACCAGAAAAAACAGCACAAUGCACAUCGAGCUGAAGCAAAAAGUGUGACAAAAACAGUUUAAUUCCUUAGUCUAUUUACAGAUGUCAUUGUUGUACAGUAUGUUACAAGAAAAUAUAAUACAGCACCGUGAUAUUUUUCUUUAGUAAAAUACACAUCGCAAUUAUUUUGUGGGUGGGAAUUUGAACGGAUUAAUGGUCUUUCCAUUAAUUUCAAGAGGGAAAGAUGGUUUGAGGUACAAGUGUUUUGAGUAACAAGCACAGCCACAGAAUAAAUUCAAAUCGUACCUCAAGGUGCCCUGAUAAUCCCUGCCGCCCCCCCCCCCUUCACUUUUUUCUGCAUCAAGCUGGACAGCAAAAUUUGCAACAUCUGAACACUUUUGCAACCUUGUGGACAAGACAUACAAAUGGAGAUGAUGUCAAACGAAUAUUGAGAAUGCAGUUAAAUGUCAACAGAUGACUGUUCUAAUAAACCAUUUGAACGCAACAAAAA